UAAAUUCUCCCAAAAUGCCUGGAGAAAGUGAUGGGUGAUGGGUGGGUAUGAGCACUGAGAUUCCACGAGAUUUUGAGUGUGGUAAAGACAAAUGACUUACCCUCACUGGCCAAUGGGGAUGCUGAACGUGGAUCGAUGCCCCGCAUUUCGAUUCUGUCGGUUGCGGUAUUUGCCUGCUAUCAAACAAUGAAUUUCACGCGACGCUGCUGCUUUGUUUAGAGAGAGCUCUAUGGCGUAGAGCAGAGAGAAGUUUUAUUCCAGACAGAGAAUUUUCUUCUCACCUAAGUAUCGCCACUUUCGACCAUGGAAAUAGCAACGAGGCGGCAUUUCUUCAAACAUGGAGGGCAGGAUCCUUCGAUAGGCUUGGAUUCUGCGGAAAUCCAAAACUGCCACUGGUGCCAGUUGCGGUCCUUUGCCAAUCAUGAAAAAUACCCCAUUUCCAUUAUCAACGACACCGACGAUGGAGCCUCGCUACCUGCCGAUUUCCGUUUCAUUUCGGAAAGAAUUCUCGGAAAGGGCGUGUCGCGUGCCGAGGCUAGUUUCCUCAGCGGUUGCGAAUGUACCUCAAAUGAGCAUUGCAUGUACGGUGGUUGCGAGUGCCUUUCGGAUCUUCCUGAUUCUGGACUCGAAAGCGACGAAGAUGCAGAUUUUCGCAGGAGAAGCAAUAACCACAACGGCAUUAAGAAAUUCGCAUAUUAUUCGAGUGGCGAAAAGGCCGGCUUGUUAAGGAAAAGCUACCUCAAUACGCGAACAGCUAUCUACGAAUGCCAUGAACAGUGCAACUGUGGACCAGACUGCCCGAACCGCGUGGUCGAAAGGGGCCGCACCUUGCCUCUUCAGAUUUUUCGCACCAAUGACGGAAGGGGAUGGGGUGUCAAAGCCACAGUCGAUAUUAAAUGCGGUCAGUUCGUGGAUACCUAUAUUGGCGAAGUGAUCACCGACAGCGAGGCUGUGGAGCGACGUAAAGCCAGUCGUAAAAAGGCCACCCGCAAAAAGGACUUGUAUCUCUUCGACCUGGACAAAUUCUGGGAAGUAAUACAGGACGACAAAAACAGGCUGGUCAUUGACGGAGAGUACCGAAGCGGCCCUUCCCGCUUUUUCAACCAUAGCUGCGACCCAAACAUGCGUAUCUUUGCGCGUGUUGGCGCUCAUGCCGAACUCAACCUGCACGACCUUGCAUUUUUCGCUAUCCGAGAUAUAGCAAACGGCGACGAACUUACAUUUGAUUAUGUCGAUGGUCAGGUCUUGCAAGAUGGUGAACCCAGGGACGGUGAUUAUACCAAAUGCUUGUGUAAAAGCACUAACUGCAGAGGCUUUCUCUGGAGCUAAUGGGGGAAUUGCUCACACAGACUUCUUUUCUUUCCCGACCCGGGCAUGUGCGAAGGCUGCAUAUGUUGAUUUCAAUGUAAUAAUAUAGCCUAAUUAAUGCCCGUUCAAGUUAACCUGCAAACUUUAGUCUUGGACUUUUAAAG